AUGUCGAGGUUUCACUCUCUUCUCGCUUUCGUCGUUGCUUCCCUUACGGCUGUGGCCCACGCUGGUAUCGGUCCCGUCGCCGACCUAACCAUCACCAACGCAGCGGUCAGCCCCGACGGGUUUUCUCGCCAGGCCGUCGUCGUGAACGGCGGCACCCCUGGCCCUCUCAUCACCGGUAACAUGGGGGAUCGCUUCCAGCUCAAUGUCAUCGACAACCUCACCAACCACACGAUGCUGAAGAGCACGAGUAUUCACUGGCACGGUUUCUUCCAGAAGGGCACCAACUGGGCCGACGGUCCCGCCUUCAUCAACCAGUGCCCGAUCUCAUCUGGUCACUCGUUCCUGUACGACUUCCAGGUUCCUGACCAGGCUGGUACCUUCUGGUAUCACAGUCACUUGUCUACGCAGUACUGUGAUGGUUUGAGGGGUCCGUUCGUUGUUUACGACCCGAAUGACCCGGCCGCCGACCUGUACGACGUCGACAACGACGACACUGUCAUUACCCUUGUGGAUUGGUACCACGUCGCCGCGAAGCUGGGCCCCGCAUUCCCUCUCGGCGCCGACGCCACCCUCAUCAACGGUAAGGGACGCUCCCCCAGCACGACCACCGCGGACCUCUCAGUUAUCAGCGUCACCCCGGGUAAACGCUACCGUUUCCGCCUGGUGUCCCUGUCGUGCGACCCCAACUACACGUUCAGCAUCGAUGGUCACAACAUGACGAUCAUCGAGACCGACUCAAUCAACACGGCGCCCCUCGUCGUCGACUCCAUUCAGAUCUUCGCCGCCCAGCGUUACUCCUUCGUGCUCGAGGCCAACCAGGCCGUCGACAACUACUGGAUUCGCGCCAACCCGAACUUCGGUAACGUCGGGUUCACCGGCGGCAUUAACUCGGCUAUCCUCCGCUACGAUGGUGCCGCUGCCGUGGAGCCCACCACCACGCAAACCACGUCGUCUGCGCCGCUCAACGAGGUCAACCUGCACCCGCUGGUUGCCACCGCUGUGCCUGGCUCGCCCGUCGCUGGUGGUGUCGACCUGGCCAUCAACAUGGCGUUCAACUUCAACGGCACCAACUUCUUCAUCAACGGCGCGUCUUUCACGCCCCCGACCGUGCCUGUCCUCCUCCAGAUCAUCAGCGGCGCGCAGAACGCGCAGGACCUCCUGCCCUCCGGCAGCGUCUACUCGCUUCCCUCGAACGCCGACAUCGAGAUCUCCUUCCCCGCGACCGCCGCCGCCCCCGGUGCGCCCCACCCCUUCCACUUGCACGGGCACGCGUUCGCGGUCGUCCGCAGCGCCGGCAGCACGGUCUACAACUACGACAACCCCAUCUUCCGCGACGUCGUCAGCACGGGGACGCCUGCGGCCGGUGACAACGUCACCAUCCGCUUCCGCACCGACAACCCCGGCCCGUGGUUCCUCCACUGCCACAUCGACUUCCACCUCGAGGCCGGCUUCGCCGUCGUGUUCGCGGAGGACAUCCCCGACGUCGCGUCGGCGAACCCUGUCCCCCAGGCGUGGUCCGACCUCUGCCCGACCUACGACGCGCUCGACCCGAGCGACCAGUAAAUGGCUUGCGCCGGUCGAUGAUAGGAUAUGGACGGUGACUUCGCACUUGCAAUACGGACUCUCGCCUCAUUAUGGUUAC